AUGUAUUGUAUGUAUAACUAUUUCUCAUUCUUCACAGAUAUUGAAAACAACCUCACAAGAAUCGCAAAGCUUAUUAAAAACGAAGAGCAAAGUAAAAAAGAUGGGAACUCAAGGAAAGAGAAAGAGCUGGUGGGGCUAAUUGAGGACUUCUAUAAUCAGUACCAAUCACUGUAUGCACUGUGUGGUCGUCUUACAGGAGAAUAUGUGAAAGCAUCUCCUGGCAGAUUAGAGAGGGUGUCUUCAGUGUCUUCCUCUAGCUCAGAGUCGGAGUACUUUUCCUCAGAGGAAGUAGAUGGCUACACAGAUUUCAACGAUUCAAACCAAAGACUUUUCUUGAGAGAAAGGGAACGUUCUACUCUUACCAACAAUACUCGUGAAGUAGUUCUAAAGACUCAAGCAUCAAAUGAGGCAAAGGAGUUGGAGAAGUUAAUUAUUCAAACGAAAGAGUUGGGGAGCUUGAACCGGCAGAAAAGGAAUCUAGAACUUCAAGUUGAAAGGCAAGUACGUGAAAUUAAACAACUAGGUGCAAAGAACAGUGAGUUGCAAGCCCGAGUGUUGGAGCUUGAAUUGUUGUUGAAAGAGAGCAAAGGAACGGUAUCUGCCUUACAGGCAAAACUCAAAAGCAACGAGGAUCAAGCAACGUCCAAGAUUGCUGAAUUGAUGGCACGAAUAAACAAGCUCGAGCAAGAGGCAAAAUCACUGCGGACCCAGAAAGGCAAAAUGGAAGAAAAGACAAGGCGCAAUAGAAAUGAGACCUUAUGCGAAAAGAAAGACUUCACGGACCAGCUUUCUGUCGUACAACAAAAUUUAGAUUCUGCCAACAAGAAGAACAAAGCACUAGAAACUCAGUUGGAAAGAGAAAGAGAAAAAGUUUCCCAAUACAUGGUUCGGAUAGAAAAUCUGGAGGAGAACUUAGCUAAGACGACAUCAAGUGAAAAGAGUCUGCUAGUAGAGAGAGAGCGUUUUCUUGCAAGGAUAAAGGGCCUGGAACUGGAAGUGGAGUCUCGAUGCAGCCAACAAAACGAUUUGGAGGAACAUUUAAGAAAUACAAGGUCUGUGAUUAACCGGGCGGCAGACGAAGGAAAGGCCCUGCAGGAUAAGAACAAAGAACUAGAAAGAGCAAUGGUACAGAGAGGGGAAGAGAUAUCUGCACUUUUGAGGGAACACGAUAACUGUAAAAAUGGAGCUUCGAUACAAGCCACAGCUUUAACAGCUGAAGUUGAUAAUCUGAGACUGGAGUUCGACGCUUUGCAGGAUCAGAAAAGCAAGUUGGAGUUACACAAUGAACGAAUCCAAAAGGAAUAUUCAGAAAAUCUAGCCAAGAUGGAAAGUCUGAAUGCCAAGUUGGAAAGCCGGGUGGCAGAUCAUGAGGAAACGAUAAAGAAGCUAACGAAAACCAUUGAACAAAUAAGUGCAGAGAACAAACAAGUCAAAAUUUGGUCGAACAGGUUGAAGGGGCAUAAGCAGUUAACAGAGAAGAAAAUGGAAGAAUUGGCAGACGAAUUCCGGAGGAAAAUGGAAGGCAAUAUCCGCCUCUUGCACCAGAGGAUCCAUGUGGCAGAACAGCUGAAUAAUGAAAACAAAGAUAGUUACAAAAUGACAAAGCAAAGGUUCGAGCAAGAGAACAAAAUGCUUGGAGAGAAACUUGCUAGUUAUGAAGAUGAACUAAGGACGCUGAAAGUGAAGGGGACUCCUUCACAAAUAGAGGCUGAUAUAAAUGGGUUAGAAUUGGCUGCUCAAAAUGGACUAAGUUUGGCUGCAGGGAAGGUUGAGGAGCAGAGAGAGUAUGUAUUAGGCCUUGUCUCUAAAAUGUUGGGAGAAGUUCAGUUUGCAAAGGUUUGGAUAAGGGAAAGAAAUGGGGAGAUGAAACAGCUAAAAGACAAGGUGGAUAGCCUUACAUUGUUACUGGGUGACAAGGAAGAGCAGGAAUUGAUGUUGAGAGAGAAGGUGUGGAAGUUGGAAGCCAACGUGAGCAAGGAAGGAGGGGAGAAACUGAACCUGAUAAAAGCUGUGAGCCAGCUUGAAAGGAAAGUGGGAAAAUUGGAAAAGACCCUUAAAGAGAGGGAUGAGGAGUUGGUUGGCCUUGGGGAGAAGAAGCGAGAAGCAAUAAGGCAACUUUGUUUUCUGAUUGAGUUUCAUCGCGAUCGUUGUGUCCAUCUCAUGGAUUUGAUGUCGAAGAGGAGGGUCAGUAACAGGAAAUGA